AUGAGUAGCACCGAGGAGCCAAAAAGUAUGCUCGACGACAAUUGCUCGGCAUCCUACAUGACCCCAUAUGCCACAGUCAUCGCCAUGACAUCGCUCUACCUUCUCGCAGUUAUAUACUUUUGCAAAAACGGCCGGAAAAUGUGUAGUCCGUUGUCUGACAGCGUCUAUCCAUAUCAGAAGCGUCUCAAGCAGCUUGAACGAGACUUGAAGACAUUUAUAAUUGAAGAUGAUCAUAUUGAAGUGGACAAUUUUCAAAUUGGCCAAUCUGAGCAUGGCUUUAUUUUUAAAGGCGGCGUAUUUCCAAAAACUCGCAACAGAUUCAAUAUGAAGGUCACCACUGCGGUCAAGAUCAGCUUCCCGAUUGUUGAGAAGUCGAUAUGCCUUCUAGAAGAUGCUUUUCGAUUAUCUAAAUUGGAUCAUCCCAACUUGAUCCGACUCAUUGGUGUCUCUCAGCUAUCAUUCACAGUUUUUCGACCAAUUAUUGCGUUGGAAUGGCUUCCCGGCGGCACUUUGGCCGAUCAUUUCGCCUUCAUCCGAUCCAAAGACGAACAAGAGCGGCCGACAAUUUUGCUCAAAGAUGUGCUGUCGGUGAUCGAGCAGAUCUCGGAAGCGAUUCAAUACAUUCAUAGUUGUUGCGAUGAGUUUGGACAGGAAAUGACACACGGACGGAUAUACGCGAGGAACGUGCUCAUCAGCGAGCCGGAUCUUCGUAAGUGCACCGCGAAAAUUGGUGAUUUCGGCGAGUCGCCAAUGAAAAAUGAGAUACGCUAUCCAUUGGUUGCCUAUUUGCCUCCGGAGAUUCUGUGCUGUACGGAGAAGGUGCCGCCGCACAGACCCGAAAAUGAUGUGUGGAUGUUCGGGGUUUUCUUAUGGGAAUGCCUAACCUUAGGUUCAGAGCCGCAUUAUCGCAAAUCAAUUGAGGAGAUCAAAAAAAGCUUUCGACUUCCCGACCGCGGCCUUCCAUGUCCACCAACAUGCCCAUUAGACGUCUGGACACUUGUGAUCGACUGUUUAUCCGAAGCCCACUCUCGCCCACGCUUCUGCUCGGCAACGACGUCCCCAAUUCCCGCAAGGAUCAAUUCUCUGAAACGAAUCGUCUCAAACUCAUUAUUUCUUUAUCCAAUGCCCGACAUCUCAGUUUGCACUUGUAUUCAGCACCGAUGCAAUAGUGUAUAUUAA